AUGUCAAAUCAAGAUUUAUCAGGCUCACAGAAUCCACACUUACAAUUAAAGAAAUACGUUGACCGUUCUGGUGCCAAAAAUCAUCUUGAAGCUUUUUAUGUUAGCGAAAUCGCAAAAGCAGCUUACAAAUUCAACAAAAAACGUCUCCAAACUACGAUAACAGUUGAAGAUACAGUACCAUUUGCAAUAUGCAAUAGAAUGGUUCAAGAUUUCUUUAAAAAACAUCCAGAAAUUAAACUCACAAAAGAUAUUAUGAGAAUUGAGCAAAAAGAUCAAGAUAUAACUUUUACAAACAGAGGAUCAUAUCGUAAAUUACAAUUUAAGCAUGAUUUUAUGAUUGUAAAAGAACUCCUUCAAUGGAAUGAUACAGUUAAAGAAGAAAGAAUUAGAUUAGAAUCUGAAAGAGAGCAAGCAGAAAAGCAAAAACAAGCUGCAGAAGAUUUAAGACUACAAAAUGAGGAAGAAGAAAAGCGCAGACUUAAACAACUUGAAAUCGAAAAAGCUUGGAAGGAAGAUCAUAAAGAGAAGCAAGAAGAACCAAAUGAAAUAGAAUACGACGAAGUUCCAGAUGAAGAAGAGGAAGCUGAAAGAGAAGAAAAGAAAGAAAGGGCUAAAUCAGUUAAAAUCAUUACAACGGAAAGAGCUGCUUCAUUGGAAGGCGGAAGCUGGGGAGAACCAACAAUUAGAAUCAUACAGAAAACGCCUGCUUCUUUACUUCCAGCUGGUUCAAGAAAUCCACCUCUUUCUCGCGGUCCUAAAUCUCCAAACGCCAAAUCUGUGAUGCAAGUUUCAUUUCCAGCAGGUUCUGUUUAUGGAGGAUCUCGUGGAGAAGCAAGAUCUGUUGCUUCUAGCACAAUGCGAAGAAGAAUCAAACCCCCAAUCAACCAAAACCAGUAA